AUGGUCUCACCUAUACCGACUAUUUGUGUUCUCGGGUCCCUCAACAUCGACCUUGUUUACUACAUCCCCCACCACCCGCUACCUGGCGAAACACUCACAUCGACUCAAUCUGAUGUCUCUCCUGGAGGCAAAGGCGCCAAUCAAGCGGUAGCUUGCGCAAAACUAUCAAGAUCUCGCUCGCUAGAAGACGCAAGGAUCAAAGUGGCCAUGUUUGGUGCUGUCGGCGCAGAUGCUCACGGCUCAACGUUGUUGAACAGCCUUCAAUCGUAUGGUGUCGAUACCUCGGAGGUUGCACGCAGACAAGGUCACCCCGAACACUCGAUGACCGGCAAUGCUAUCGUCAUGGUGGACGAGCGCACCGGCCAGAACCGCAUCAUCUUGACUCCCGGCGCUAACGCCUCUCUGCGACCUGAAAGUGUCACCAAUCUUGCCAACUUGAGGCCUUCCUUGUUGGUUAUGCAAUUGGAGAUUCCUCUCGACACUGUCUUGGAGGCACUGGCAGCAGCCAAGUCGGCAGGAGUGCCAGUCCUCUUGAACCCGGCUCCGGCUAUUCAACUUCCAGAAGAGACAUACGAUGGAUUAUCACAUCUCAUCCUGAACGAGACCGAAGUGGCUCUGCUUGCGCAAGUCGACGAGGCUGAGCUCGAAAAUCCCAGUAUGGUGGAGAAAACGGCUACUAAGAUUAUGGCAAAGGGUGUCCAAAAUCUCGUCAUAACGCUUGGUGCGAGAGGCGCUUACUACAUGAGCAGAAAUGGGCAANAAGGUCUUGUGCCAGCGCUUAAAGUCGAUGUAGUGGAUACAACUGCUGCCGGAGAUACUUUCAUCGGCAUGUAUUCGGUGCUUGCUGUUGAGGCCUCUUCUCGCAAUCUGGAGUUUGACAUUUGUGCCGCUGUCACCAAGAGCACGUUUGCUUCUGCCAAGACGGUCUCCAGGAGGGGAGCUCAGGUUUCGAUACCGUGGAAGGAUGAGUUGGUCUUGUAA